GACAACAAUCAAGGCAAGCCAAAACAAUCAACUCAAUGCAUAAAGCUUCCUGUCAACAAAAUGAACAUUACUAUCCCCAUUCCGAAAGAACUUUAUUAUCCGUGAGAUUUCUAAUAAAACCAAAUUGAUUGAGCAAUACACCAGCAAAGAAGAAACCAAGAAUCUACCAAAACCCAUCAAAAAAGAAAAUACCGAGAGAUGCAAGAGCAGUUGAAUUAAGUGCAUUAUCAGGCACCAAACACAUCGAGAGAGAGAAGGAAGGAAGGAUCACAUCGAACAUUCGACAAACACACUACAAUUAGAAAUUAAAAAAAAAAAAAAGAGUCACGGUGAAGAGCAAAAAAAAAAAAAGGAAAAAAAAAGACGAUUGGAAAUUUAUUUAAACUAAAAACGGUUCCAUUAACAGAUUUGGAAAAUCUUAUUCCUUAGGUUAGAUUUGACAAACAGCUUGCCUAUAAAUAGAGAGAGAGAGCUUUUUCCGACAUCAGUUUGAGACGCUUUUGUAAGACAGAUAAAAAAAAAACAGAUCUGAAGGUUAAGAGAGAUUAUUGGAAUCUUCGCCCGCCAGAGGAGAGCUGCUCAAUUCGAUUGCUGUUGUUAAGGUAUGUCAUCUAGAAAUCUGAAGAUGAGGAGAAGAAGAGAGCUUCCGUUUGAAUUAGUGGUGGAAAUACUCACUAGGGUUCCUGUUAAGGAUUUAAUGCGGUUUAGAUGUGUCUGCAAAAGUUGGCGAUCUUUGUUCAAAGAAGAGAGGUUUUGUAGACAGCACAUGACCCAUGCCCCAACGAGGAUCGUGUCCUUCCAUUUUGAGGAUACUCUACUACUUGGUCGAUUUUCUGAAAGUGCCAAGCCUGAGAUGAUACUCGAAGAGGUUAACAUAAACGUUGGAGAUGACAGUAGGUUGCUUAACGAUGCUACUGUAGUACUUGGUCACUGCCAUGGACUCUUUUGCUUAUAUUUUGAAAAUAACACUUUCGGUCUUUGGAACCCUUCAUUGAGAGAAUUAAGAACAAUACACCCACCUUAUCGCUACAACUGGUAUGAGAUGGGUUUUGGCUAUGACCACUCAAGUCAAGAUUAUAAGAUUGUGUUGGUUCUAAAAAUGCAAGGCAGACGCAGCCGCUCCUCUCAAGCACUUGUGUUAUCCUUAAAGUCAGGUGCGUCUCGGAUGAUUGAUUGCCUGUGUUUGGAAAACUUUGACAUGAUCCACGAUACAAUUUCUGGAACCCUGGUUGGUGAAAUUAUCUUCUGGCAGCUAUGUGAUGAUAAUGUAAAAGUAACUGAUAAGCUUUUGAGCUUUGAUUUGGUGUCUGAGACAUUCAACUUGUGCCCAUGUCCGAGUAAUUGUGGUAAAGGACUUCCUCAGGUUAUAGCGGGAUUGAGAGGAGGUGGUCUAUGUACAGUAGGGGUUGACGACAUGUCUGGUGGUUUAAUCGUUUGGUCUGCCCAACAUGAUGCUGGUGGUGGUAUCAAAUCCUGGAGCAAGAUUUGCAAUCUCUCGCUUGGCAUUCUUGAAAUCUCAACUAGUUGUCGUAUCGAUGAUAAGAUCUGGCUAUCCUCUGCGGUAACUUAUGCAGGAUUGCUAUUAGCUCUUGUAAAAUUUGGGAGAGAAUCAAAAUUGCUUUCCUACAACUUAGAGGAGAAAAGCUUGACAAAUGUUGAGACUAGUUUGUCCCUCUCUACCUGUGAGUUUCUUGAGACGUAUGUUGAAACGCUUGUCCCCGUCCCUAUUCCUGAAUGGAAGCUUUAAAGGUUAUUCAGCCUCCUUUUACGUGGUUUUGUUUUUAUCUAUCUGCAGCAAGCAAGACACAUCUCAUCAUUUGUUUGUUUGUUUUAGUUUUCUACUUCAUUCGCUAAUUUAGUUUCUGGAAUUUUGUAUUUUUAUUUAUGAAAAACGAUUGAAUGUUGAAAUGCUUGCUUGUUGAAGCAGAAUCCUGAUUGAAGCUAAAUAGAAUGUUUAGCUACUGUUAAAGGUUGAUCGAUUGAUUAUA